AUGUUUUUUCACUUCCCACAGAGUGUAUAUCACAUCGUGUCGUUUGCUUGGACAUGUGCAUGGACUUGAUUGCCUGAUUUUACACUUUUACGUUAAUAUAUAUAUUUACAUAUGUAUAUAUAUAUUUAAUUGUUUUAAUUUUUUUUUUACAAAGAGAGCAUUUUGAGCAGACACCAAAGGGAGGAAGGAGAGAAGAUGUGGGACAAGAAGCAAGCGUCCCUCGCACUCGUCACCGUGGUUGUGGUCUGCGGCGCGGCGGGUGCAGCGAAACAACUAAACAUGGCCCCGGAUGCUGUGGACGACCUCUACCAAGGGUGCAGGGAUGAGGUCAUGAAGCGCCUGAUCCACCCAGAGGUGCUGGGAAAAGAGCUGAGCGGCAACCCGGGCCUCCGGGCAGCAUGGAGCGACAAAUGCACCAGGCUCCUCCCGGGCGGUGUGAAGGAACAUACCGCCGCUCUCCUGGCCUACGCCAACGGGAACGCCUUCAGGGAGGCCUUCAACCACGAAGUGGAGACCACAGGAGCCAACGCCGGCACCUACGAGCGCGACUUCCACUUCAAGUCCCUGCACUUCCUGCUCACCGACGCCAUGAGGCUGCGGAAGCCGGCGGCGUGCAGGAAUGUUUACCGCAUGUCCGACGGCAACUACGUGGCGGAGAUAGGCGCCAGAGUGAGGUUCGGUAGAUUCACCACGGUGCACACCGACCUGUCGAUGAAGGAGGACAUGGAGGACGGGGUCUACUUCAACAUCACCACCUGCUUCUUCGUCAGCCUGGAGGGCUUCUGCGGCCUGGAGGAGGACACCGCCAUCUUGUCCCCCGCGGAGGAGUUCACGGUGGUGGACGUCAAACAAGUCAACGACUACCAGGAGGUCGUUCUGAAACAUUCCAAAAUGGAGGCUUUGCACAACUGCUACGGUUUUUCACGGGCGACGAUGGCCCCGGUUGGCAAGGGGGCCGCAGCCGGCGUCGGUGCCCCCCGGGGGCUGGUGUUGGCCCUUGUGACCUUGCUGAUUUUUUCUUUAAACUGCUGACUCAACACCAAUUAGCAUCCUCGCUUAGUACAGUGUUGCCUCGCCACUUCCCGGUUCACUUCUUGCGAUCUAAAGUACCGUAAUUUCCGGACUGCAGUGGGUCCGGGUUAUUUUUUUCCUCAUCCCUCACUUAAAGCGUGAGUAAAGAAUGCACUAACGACCUGAUAAGUUCAAACGAGUAAAAGAUGAUACAGUAUUAUGUGCUCACAUAUGCUACCUGGUGGUUGUUUGAGCACACUGCAGCUAGUCCUUGAUAGUCCCACUUCUUAGAGCUUUAGCCACACGCAGGGUUGUAUUUCUGCAACCUUACCUACUGUAUAACCCGCUUUGCUUUAAUCCCCACCUGUUAACCGUGCACUUUAUACAAUGUUGUGGUUAUUUUAUGGAUUUCUCCGGGUUCACAAGCUUCACGUGCCGCCAACAAAUUUAGCCUCAUUACAUAAGACCAGUGUAAUUGCCCAACUGGCGACGGUGGACCAAUGAGAUUGUUCCCACUACAUCAGGGGUGCCCAUUACGUCGAUCGCGAUCGACUGGUCGAUCUCGGAGGGUGUGUCAGUCGAUCUCAAGCCAGGCAUUAAAAAAUAGACAUAAAAAUGAGCAAUCAUCAAUCAUACCAAGACUUCACUUUCGUCAGUUGUUUGACAUUCUCGGCACCCGAGGAUCUUGUGAGAUGACGCUGGCUGCUGCGAGCUCAUAUUUAAGAAAAAAAUCACUAACAGGGCGGACGCAGAGAAACACAUUUUAUUUCUAGAGACUCCGUACCUACUGUCAAAACUCUAAAGACCGACAGCACAGUUCCUGUCUUCACCAUAAAAGACCUGUUUCAUCCUGUCUGUGCUAACAAAAUAAGAGUCUCAGAAAGCUAGCGUGCACAAGCUAGCAAGCUACGGAGUUUGAUGCCAAUGUAUUUCUCCCCCGCCCUCAGCGACCGCUUUCUCACUUGCUUGCCCACCCGCACACUCACUGACGUCACUCACCUGCUGCCAGACAUUAAAGGGCCACACACAUAUGCUACUCUCAUAACAAAGUGUUUAAAAACGAGUAUGCAAGUUGGACAAAUGAGAUGCCAAAUCUAACCACUUUCAUGUGGUAUUGGACAGAAAGGAGGACUUUUUUUUUCCUCCAUUUGAAAAUGCGGACGUUAUCAGCACCACUGUCUAAUUCCAAUCAAUGCAAGUCAUCAGAAUCAAAUACACCAACUUAUAUUCUUGUCUUCAUGAAAGAAAGGAAUCUAUGUGUGUUAAACAUGCUUGUAUUAUCAUUAAACACAAUUAACUUUUUAACAAAAAUGUCUCUUUCAUAAAUAAAUAAAUAUAAAUUAUAAAUAGGAAUGAGGUAGAUCUCCUCGACUUGGUCAAUUGAAAAGUAGCUCACCUGCAGAAAAAGUGUGAGCGCCCCUGCACUACAUCAAACGCACUAACAUAUCCAUUCAGUCAGCCAUUUAGCUCUUAAUGGACUCACCCUCAUCGUGGAGCAAAAAUGACCCCAAAACCGAAGACGAUCGACAUAGGCUAUCGAAAAAGGAAAGUGGCGCCACAUUUAUAGGCCCCAAAAAGUCUAACGGAGUAUGUAGACCGCGCUCAGUGACUACUGUAUGGCAUGUUACAGGCACUGUCUUUUGGUAAUGUUCAUGUUUCAAUGUGUACACCUGCGGUUUAUAGACAUGUGCGGCCAAUAUAUGUACAAAAUAAAAUUUGUCCAAAAAUGA